AACCCUUUCUUCUUUCACUACACCUUCACAAACACACGCUCUAAAAUGUCUUCAUCUGCAUAUCUCUGCAUUCCAACUGAUUCUUCUACCGUUUUCAGCCUCCCCCUCUUCCUCUCCAUCGUCCUUUUCGUAGUUUUCGCCUUCCUCUUCCCUCCAGGCGGUCUCGCAUGGGCUCUUUCAAAAACCACCAUUCCCGGCCCAUCCGGUCUCCCAAUUCUAGGCCAUGUGUUCACUUUCACAUCUUCUUUAACUCACAGAACCCUAGCAAAACUCUCCACAACCUUCAAUGCCACACCCCUUAUGGCAUUCUCUGUCGGGGUGACUCGCUUUAUCAUCUCGAGUCACCCUGACACCGCCAAGGAGAUCCUCAACAGCUCUGCGUUUGGCGACCGGCCUGUGAAAGAGUCGGCAUACGAGCUGUUGUUUCACCGUGCGAUGGGAUUCGCACCGUACGGUGAAUACUGGCGUAACCUUAGAAGAAUAUCAUCUAUUCAUCUAUUUUGCCCGAAAAGAAUAUCAACUUUUGGUGAGUUUCGGUUGAAACUAGGGUUAAAGAUGGUGAACCAAGUUUCAUCUUCCAUGAACCGUAACGGGUUCGUGGAGGUGAAGAAACUGCUUCAUUUCGCGUCGUUAAACAAUGUCAUGAUGUCAGUUUUUGGUAAAUCAUAUGACGAUUUCGAUAAGGAUGGUUUUGAGCUCGAGGAGUUGGUUCGGGAAGGGUACGAGUUGCUCGGUAUCUUUAAUUGGAGCGAUCAUUUUCCGAUCAUAGGGUGGUUUGAUAUUCAGGGAGUGAGGAGGAGAUGCAGAGAGUUGGUGUGUAGAGUUAAUGUUUUCGUUGCGGAAAUUAUUAAGGAACACCGGGAAGGAAGGUCCGAUGUUGGAGCUACGGUGGGUUAUGAGGGUGAUUUUGUUGAUGUUUUGCUUGAUUUGGAAAGUGAAAACAAGUUUACUGAAUCUGACAUGAUCGCUGUUCUUUGGGAAAUGAUCUUCAGGGGAACAGAUACGGUGGCGAUCCUGUUGGAAUGGAUUUUGGCGAGGAUGAUAUUACACCCGGACAUUCAAGAAAGAGCACAAUCCGAAAUCGAUAGUGUUGUGGGGUCGGGUCGACCCGUAUCUGAUGAGGAUCUUCCAAGCAUGCCUUACCUACAUGCAAUUGUAAAAGAAACUCUACGUAUGCACCCACCGGGCCCACUUCUAUCGUGGGCUCGGCUCGCAAUUUUCGAUACCCAAGUGGGUCCACACAUGAUACCAGCUGGGACAACGGCCAUGGUCAACAUGUGGGCCAUAACCCAUAAUGAUCAAAUCUGGGCUGACCCGGAAAGGUUCAAUCCAGAUAGGUUUAUGGGUCAGGAGGUUUCUAUAAUGGGUUCGGAUCUUCGGUUGGCUCCGUUUGGCGCGGGUCGGAGGGUUUGCCCCGGAAAGGCAAUGGGUUUGGCUACUGUUCAACUUUGGUUGGCCCAGUUGCUUCAGAAUUUCAAAUGGGUCGACUCCGGAUCCGGGUCGGAUUCAGUUGAUUUAUCAGAGUGUUUGAAAAUGUCAAUGGAAAUGAAGAAGCCAUUGGUGUGCAAGGCUGUGGCUAGGGUGUGAUGAUGUGGCAAGAUAAUUUAAUAACUAUAGUCAUAUAAGAAGGGUAAUUUUGGAAUAUUAUUUCAGAAAGUUGGGUUCUAGGGGUGGAUUUGAGAUAUGCAUUUUGUAACACAACUUCUUGUUUGGUACAUAUUAGAUAUGCGUGCUCUUAUGUAUGUGUAUGUCAUGCCCUUUCUAUUUAUGUAAUGACAAUGCUAUUGUUAUGGGAUUCUCUAUUA